AUGAACGGGUACAACGCUCUCGCAGGCUAUAUUGGGACUUAUCCGACUCUCGCGGUGUUCAGGAAGUUCCUGAUUCUCAAUGCUCGGAACCUCCUCUGCAUGCAGGGCGAGAUUGUCAACCUCGAACAUGGUCUGAGAGUGACAAUCGAAAAGGAUCGCAAUGCAGAAAAGUCUGUGAGAAAUGAGUUUGAAUGCGAUAUUUCGGCCUUAAAAGGACCACACGAAAAGCCGCGUGACGGCUUCCAAUGGCAAAGAACCCUCGAGUUGCGCCGCCUGUUGAGGGACUACAACGAAGCACUCCUUCAAUUCGCCGCCCUCUGUCGGCUUGCUCCGGCAAACAAGGCUGACUGGUCCACCCUGCGCGAACUGACCGAGAAGGCGGACGACAGUGGGGAGCCCUUCCUGGUUGCUCAUGAAUUCGAGACCUGGGAGGAAGAACACUUUCGAGACUUGACCUCACUGGCAGGACAUCACGCAGACAGAGAUGCGCUUUCCAGGUUCAUUGACAAAAUGGUGAGGUCGGUCUAUCACAGAUACGUUGGCCACAAGUUCCAUGAUCCACUCUCGGUUGUCGAGGCAUGGGGAGCCGCAGGAAAACGGAGACCCGUCAUCUACUACCCCGACGGCUAUAUCUCGACUACCCUAGACAGCCUGAGCACCAUUUUGGCCUCUGUUCUACCAACCAUCGCGGCAUUCGGAAUAUAUCUGAUAAAGGAUCCCAUGACGAGGAUGGGAGCAAUCGUGGGGUGUACUCUCCUGUUCUCCACAGUACUCUCCCUCAUAGCUCGACCCAAACGAGCAGAAUGUUUUGCGGCGUCAGCUGCCUUUGCAGCAGUCCUCGUCGUCUUUGUGGGAAACUCGAGCGGAAAUUCGAACGGGAAUACGUGCUAA